AUGUCGUAUAACGGUCAUCCAAGUGGCAAUCAGCAGCCGAGCGCUGGUGGUUAUCAAGAUGAUCCCAACCAAAUGUACGAUCAGUACGGGCAACCGAUGUAUGCUGACGAGGGUUACUACGACCCAAAUGCAGCACCGGGCACCGAGCCAUACGCGCAGGGCAAUAUGCAAGACCCAUACGACCCUGAACAGAUGGAUUAUUCCGCGUCUGGCACAGGCGGGUAUUACGACCAGCCUCGCGGUCCCGGUCAAAACCAGAACCCUGAGAAUUUCUCAGACUUUAGCAGCUACGGUCCACCAGGCACGCCCGGAUAUGAUUCAUAUGCCGGUAAUGGUCAGUAUACACCAUCACAAAUGAGCUAUGGUGAGCCCAGAUCCUCCGGUGCCUCGACGCCAAUUUAUGGUGGCGAAGGUUACGAUCCAGCAGCUAUUGCGAUGCCUUUACCAAACGAGCCGUACCCUGCUUGGACCGCCGACAACCAGUCACCAGUCACCAUUGAACAAAUUGAAGAUGUUUUCAUUGACCUAACAAACAAAUUUGGUUUCCAGAGAGAUUCGAUGAGAAAUAUGUUCGAUCAUUUCAUGACAUUGCUCGAUUCGAGAGCCUCCAGAAUGUCACCGGAUCAAGCUUUGUUGUCUGUUCAUGCUGAUUAUAUCGGUGGCGACUCAGCAAAUUUCAAAAAAUGGUACUUUGCAGCUCAACUAGAUAUGGAUGACUCUGUUGGCUUCAACAACAUGAACCUAGGUAAACUCUCUAGAAAGGCAAGAAAGGCCAAAAAGAAAAACAAGAAGGCAAUGGAAGAGGCUUCCCCGGAAGAUACGGAAGCAACUUUGCAACAAUUAGAGGGUGAUAAUUCACUAGAAGCGGCUGAGUUCAAAUGGAAGGCCACCAUGAAUAAAAUGAGCCCAAUUGAAAAAGUCCGUCAAGUUGCUUUAUAUAUGCUUUGUUGGGGUGAAGCCAAUCAAGUUAGAUUCACUUCUGAAUGUCUUUGUUUCAUCGUUAAAUGUGCAAUGGAUUAUCUCGAAUCACCAUUAUGUCAACAAAGAGUUGAACCAAUGCCAGAGGGUGAUUUUCUAAACAGAGUCAUUACACCACUGUAUCGUUUCAUCAGACACCAAGUUUAUGAGAUAGUAAACGGUCGUUUUGUCAAACGUGAAAAGGAUCACAAUAAAGUUAUUGGAUAUGAUGAUGUAAAUCAACUAUUUUGGUACCCGGAGGGUAUUUCAAGAAUUGUUUUCGACGAUAGUACUAAAUUGAUUGACAUACCAAAAGAAGAGCGUUAUUUGAGAUUAGGUGAGGUUGCCUGGAAUGAUGUUUUCUUCAAGACUUUCAAAGAAACUCGUACUUGGUUACAUUUAGUUACAAAUUUCAAUCGUAUUUGGGUUAUUCAUGCUACUGUCUAUUGGAUGUACGCAGCUUUCAAUGCUCCCACUCUUUACACGCGUAACUAUCAACAGUUGGUUAAUAAUCAACCGUUAGCUGCAUAUAGAUGGGCAUCAUGCGCUUUGGCUGGUUCGUUAGCAUGUAUAAUUCAAUUAUUCGCUACAAUUUGUGAGUGGUCUUUUGUUCCAAGAAAAUGGGCCGGUGCCCAACAUCUAUCCCGUAGAUUCGCAUUUAUUUGUUUAUUACUGGGUGUUAAUUUGGGUCCAAUAAUUUUCGUUUUCGCAUACGAUCCGAUUGAUGUUCAAUCUACUGCUGCUCAUGCUGUUGCUGCUGUCACAUUCUUUAUCGCUAUAGGGACAAUGAUUUUCUUUUCGAUUAUGCCGUUAGGUGGUUUGUUUACUUCAUACAUGCAAAAAUCAAGCAGACGCUAUAUCGCUUCACAAACUUUUACUGCUUCAUUCGCCCCGUUGAAAGGUCUUGAUAUGUGGUUAUCAUAUUUGGUUUGGGUUACAGUUUUUGCUGCUAAAUACGCCGAGUCUUAUUUCUUUUUGAUUCUUUCCAUUAGAGAUCCAAUUAGAAUAUUGUCAACUAUGACCAUGAGAUGUACUGGUGAAGUUUGGUGGCACGCAAAACUUUGUAGACAACAACCAAAGAUUGUCUUGGGUUUGAUAAUUGCUACUGAUUUUAUUCUGUUCUUUUUGGAUACUUUCUUAUGGUAUAUUGUCGUCAGUACCGUUUUCUCGGUUGGUAAGUCUUUCUGGCUAGGUAUUUCUAUCCUAACACCAUGGAGAAAUAUAUUCAGUAGAUUACCAAAGAGAAUUUACUCGAAGAUUUUGGCUACGUCUGAUAUGGAGAUUAAAUAUAAACCAAAAGUCCUUAUAUCUCAAGUUUGGAAUGCUAUUGUGAUUUCAAUGUACAGAGAGCAUUUAUUGGCCAUUGAUCAUGUUCAAAAAUUAUUGUAUCAUCAAGUUCCGUCUGAAAUUGAGGGCAAACGUACUUUAAGAGCUCCAACAUUUUUUGUCUCCCAAGAUGAUAAUAACUUUGAGACCGAGUUUUUUCCAAAGGAUUCAGAAGCUGAGCGUCGUAUUUCAUUUUUCGCACAAUCUUUGUCCACUCCAAUCCCUGAACCAUUACCGGUUGAUAACAUGCCAACUUUCACCGUUUUAACUCCCCACUAUUCUGAAAGAAUCUUAUUGUCUUUGAGAGAAAUUAUUCGUGAGGAUGAUCAAUUCUCUAGAGUUACUUUAUUGGAGUAUUUAAAGCAAUUACAUCCUGUUGAAUGGGAAUGUUUUGUCAAGGAUACUAAAAUUUUAGCCGAGGAAACUGCCGCUUUCGAGGGUGCUGGUGAAGGUGAAGAUAAAGAGGAUGCUCUCAAGUCUAAGAUUGAUGAUUUACCGUUUUACUGUAUUGGUUUUAAAUCUGCUGCUCCCGAAUACACCUUGCGUACUCGUAUCUGGGCCUCCUUGAGAUCUCAAACCUUGUAUCGUACUGUCUCGGGGUUCAUGAAUUAUUCAAGAGCUAUCAAGUUAUUGUAUCGUGUUGAGAAUCCUGAAAUUGUUCAAAUGUUUGGUGGAAAUGCCGAAGGUUUAGAAAGGGAAUUAGAAAAAAUGGCUAGAAGGAAGUUUAAAUUUUUGGUGUCUAUGCAAAGACUGGCCAAAUUCAAACCUCACGAAUUAGAGAAUGCUGAGUUUUUACUCAGAGCGUAUCCAGACCUACAAAUUGCUUACCUAGAUGAAGAGCCUCCAUUGAACGAAAACGAGGAACCAAGAAUUUACUCUGCUUUAAUAGAUGGUCACUGUGAACUAUUAGAAAAUGGCCGUAGACGUCCUAAAUUCAGAGUUCAAUUAUCUGGUAAUCCAAUUUUAGGUGAUGGUAAAUCUGAUAAUCAAAAUCAUGCUUUGAUUUUUUACAGAGGUGAGUAUAUUCAACUGAUUGAUGCAAAUCAAGAUAAUUACUUGGAAGAAUGUUUGAAGAUCAGAUCUGUGUUGGGUGAAUUUGAAGAACUGAAUAUUGAACAAAUUAAUCCUUAUGCUCCAGGUCUAAAACACGAAGAACAAAAAGCCAAUCAUCCAGUUGCCAUUGUUGGUGCCAGAGAAUAUAUUUUCUCUGAAAACUCUGGUGUGCUAGGUGACGUUGCUGCUGGUAAAGAACAAACUUUUGGUACACUUUUCGCCCGUACUUUAGCACAAAUUGGUGGUAAGUUACAUUAUGGUCAUCCUGAUUUUAUUAAUGCAACUUAUAUGACAACAAGAGGUGGUGUUUCGAAGGCCCAAAAGGGUUUACAUUUGAAUGAAGAUAUUUAUGCUGGUAUGAAUGCUAUUCUACGUGGUGGUCGUAUCAAACACUGUGAAUAUUAUCAAUGUGGUAAAGGUAGAGAUUUAGGUUUUGGUACAAUUUUGAAUUUCAAUACCAAGAUUGGUGCAGGUAUGGGAGAACAAAUGUUGUCUCGUGAAUAUUACUAUUUAGGUACCCAGUUACCUAUUGACCGUUUUCUUUCAUUUUAUUAUGCUCAUCCGGGUUUCCACUUGAACAAUUUAUUCAUUCAGUUAUCCCUGCAGUUGUUCAUGCUUACAUUAGUAAACUUGAACUCUCUAGCACAUGAGUCUGAAAUUUGUAUCUACUACAGAAGCAAGUUGCCAACCGAAGUUUUUUUUCCAAUUGGUUGCUACAAUCUGGAACCUGUUAUUGACUGGGUUAGACGUUACACUUUGUCUAUUUUCAUUGUCUUCUUUAUCGCAUUUAUCCCAAUCGUUGUCCAGGAACUUAUUGAACGUGGUCUAUGGAAGGCAACCCAAAGAUUUUUCCGUCACCUACUCUCUUUAUCUCCACUAUUUGAAGUUUUUGCAGGUCAAAUAUACUCUGCUGCCUUAUUAAGCGAUAUGAGUGUUGGUGGCGCUCGUUAUAUUUCCACCGGUCGUGGCUUCGCUACUGCUCGUAUUCCAUUCUCAAUUUUAUAUUCUAGAUUUGCAGGUUCUGCAAUCUAUAUGGGUUCCAGGUCUAUGUUAAUGUUGCUAUUCGCAACGAUCUCACAUUGGCAGGCGCCUUUAUUGUGGUUUUGGGCUUCUUUGUCUUCAUUGAUGUUCUCGCCAUUUAUUUUCAAUCCUCAUCAGUUCGCAUGGCAAGAUUUUUUCCUAGAUUAUAGAGAUUAUAUCAGAUGGUUAUCAAGAGGUAACAACAAAUAUCACAGAAAUUCUUGGAUUGGGUACGUUAGAAUGUCUAGAUCCCGUGUUACUGGUUUCAAGCGUAAACUUGUUGGUGAUGAAUCAGAAAAAGCUGCUGGUGAUGCUGCCAGAGCUCACAAAACUAACUUGAUUUUCUCUGAUCUAUUCCCAUGUAUUGUUUAUGCGGCUGGUUGCUUUGUGGCAUUUACCUUUAUAAAUGCACAGACCGGUGUUAGAACAGGUGAUGAUGAUACCGUUAACUCAGCUCUUCGUGUCAUAAUAUGCACUUUGGGUCCUAUUGUCAUCAAUCUAGGUGUGCUAUUCUUCUGUAUGGGUAUGGCUUGUUGCUCUGGGCCUUUGUUUGGAUUGUGCUGUAAGAAGACGGGUUCUGUCAUGGCUGGAAUCGCACAUGGUAUUGCAGUGGUAAUUCAUAUCGCAUUUUUCAUUGUCAUGUGGGUACUGGAAGGUUUUCACUUCGCCAGAAUGUUGUUGGGUGUUGUUACAUGUAUUCAAUGUCAAAGAGUAGUUUUCCAAGUGAUUACUAUCUUCAUGUUGACAAGGGAAUUCAAGAACGAUCAUUCCAAUACUGCAUUCUGGACCGGCAAAUGGUACGGUUCAGGUCUAGGUUACAUGGCUUGGACUCAACCAUCAAGAGAGCUGGCUGCAAAGGUCGUGGAACUAUCGGAGUUUGCUGCAGACUUUAUCUUAGGCCAUAUAUUGCUGUUCUGUCAACUACCCUUACUUUGUAUCCCUAACAUUGAUAAAUACCACUCCAUUAUGUUGUUCUGGUUGAAGCCAUCUCGUCAAAUACGCCCACCAAUUUAUUCUUUGAAACAAACAAGAUUGCGCAAACGUAUGGUCAAGAAAUAUAGUGCGUUAUAUUUUAUUAUAUUGCUGGUCUUCGCUGCUUGCAUUGUGGGUCCUGCUGUUGCAUCAAGCCGUGUACCCUCAAACAUUGGUUCCACAUUAACGGGCACAUUCCGUAAUUUGGUACAACCUAGAAACAGAAGCAAUAACGAUACGGGCAGUCAAAUGUCUACUUACAGGAGUCAUUAUUACACCUCAGCACCAUCAAUGAGGACUUGGUCAACAAUCAAGUAG